CCGGCCCCCAGUUCAGCUUCCAACGUGGGCCAAGCCCCUUCCGAUUCGUCCGAGUGGAGUAUCCAGUCUGAGUGGCGGACUCUUUCCCGUCCGCUUGCCAAUUCCCAGUCGAGCACGACCUCACGGGACGCGCCCGACUCGUGGAGCUCUGGUGUGUCUUCCCACCUCAGCCGCAAUGUUAGCCAGGCGACUGAUUCCGACUCCAAGACUGGCCUCUGGGGCUUCAGUACCCACGGCCCAAGGGAUCGGAUCCCUCAGUCAACCACUCGCUCGAACGUGUCGGAUGGAGCCGCCGCUCCCAUUAACGUGGACACCGGCAUCUUGGGGUUGCCGGUAACAGAAACUGUCCCUCUUUCUGAUUCCGUAGUGCCGACACAAGGGUCCUCCCAGCCCUCUUUAUUCAGCACUCCCCCGAGUUCGAUUGAUGUGCGUCCCGCCUCCAUUGAUGAUGGGUCGAUAAUAAGCUCUGGCCCGUUCUCAGUGCCCGCCUCCCACUGCGGGUCGAUACAAGAGCCCACCCCGACCUCAGUGCCCGGCUUCGCAUGGUUAUCGGGGCCAGGGCUUCCAACAGGCAGUAGCUCCUCACGAAUAGCUUUGCCAAUGCCUCCUACAGCAGAUUACACACCCCAAGUGACCAUACAAGGGUUCACCGCCCCCACAGUGCCUGGUCAUCCUUGGGUGUCAGUACUAGGACCCCCUCUACCCAAAUACUUUUCGCAACGAUCAGUGCAAGGGCCGCCUACACACACUAACACACCUCAAGGGUCUGCCCAGCAUUUGGUGGUCAGCAGUCCCCGGGAUUCGAUAGCGGAACCUCCCACACACAGCUAUCCUUCUCAAAUAUCGAUAACAGCGCCUCCUGUUCCCAAUAACACCCCUCGAGUGUCAGUGCAAGGGUCCACGACCUUCUCAAUACCCAGCUCCACCCGGGUAUCUCUAGAAGGAUCGACUCCGCCCCCGGGCUCUCCCCGGGUGUUAACACAAGGGUCUGCCCCGCCCUCGGUGCCUGGCUCCCACUGGGUAUUAGUAAAGAGGCCGACUCCGCCCUCGGGCUCCCCCCGAGUGUCCGAAGAAGGGUCUGCCCCACCCUUGGCAGUCCCGGCUCAUAUACAGUCGCCCCGGGAGAGCCUGAAGCCAAGAAUGGCGAAUCACGAGAAGGCGAUCCACAUGUUCGACGUAGUGGUGAUAGGAGGCGGCAUAUCAGGUUUGGCGGCUGCCAAACUCUUAUCUGAAUAUGAUGUUAAUGUUUUGGUGUUAGAAGCCCGGGACAGGGUUGGAGGAAGAACAUACACUGUGAGGAAUGAACAUGUCAACUAUGUGGAUGUUGGUGGAGCUUAUGUGGGACCGACUCAGAACAGAAUCUUACGUUUAUCUAAAGAACUGGGCUUAGAAACAUACAAAAUAAACGUCAAUGAGCGUCUUGUUCAAUAUGUCAAGGGGAAAACUUACCCAUUUCGUGGUGCCUUCCCUCCUGUAUGGAAUCCUGUUGCUUAUCUAGAUUACAACAACUUGUGGCGAACCAUGGACAGCAUGGGAAAGGAGAUCCCAGCAGAAGCACCUUGGCAGGCACCUCAUGCUGAAGAGUGGGAUAAGAUGACCAUGAAAGACCUUAUUGAUAAAAUAUGCUGGACAAAGACUGCCAGACACUUCGCCUAUCUUUUUGUGAACAUCAAUGUGACCUCUGAGCCUCAUGAGGUAUCUGCCCUGUGGUUCUUGUGGUAUGUAAAGCAGUGUGGUGGCACCACGCGGAUCUUCUCAGUCACCAAUGGGGGCCAGGAACGCAAGUUUAUCGGUGGAUCUGGCCAAGUAAGCGAGAGGAUAAUGGACCUCCUUGGGGACCGAGUGAAGCUGAAAUGUCCUGUCACAUAUGUUGAUCAAACUAAUGACAAUAUCAUAGUGGAGACAUUGAAUCAUGAAACCUAUGAGUGCAAAUAUGUACUUAGUGCCAUCCCUCCAACCUUGACUGCUAAAAUCCACUUCAAACCAGAACUUCCACCAGAGAGAAACCAACUAAUUCAACGUCUUCCCAUGGGAGCUAUCAUUAAGUGUAUGAUGUAUUACAAAGAGGCCUUCUGGAAGAAGAAGGAUUACUGUGGUUGCAUGAUCAUUGAAGAUGAAGAAGCUCCAAUUUCAAUAACCCUGGAUGACACCAAGCCAGAUGGAUCACUGCCUGCCAUAAUGGGUUUCAUCCUUGCCCGUAAAGCUGAUCGGCUUGCCAAGCUUCAUAAGGAAAUCAGGAAGCGGAAAAUCUGUGAACUGUAUGCUAGAGUGCUGGGAUCAGAAGAAGCUUUACAACCGGUGCAUUAUGAAGAGAAGAACUGGUGUGAAGAACAGUAUUCCGGGGGCUGCUACACAGCCUACUUCCCCCCAGGCAUCAUGACUCAAUAUGGAAGGGUAAUUCGCCAGCCCGUGGGCAGGAUUUACUUUGCUGGUACAGAGACAGCCACACAAUGGAGUGGUUACAUGGAAGGCGCAGUGGAGGCUGGGGAGCGAGCUGCUCGAGAGAUUUUGAAUGCUCUGGGGAAAGUAGCCAAAAAAGAUAUAUGGGUGCCAGAACCAGAAUCACAGGAUGUUCCAUCAUUAGAAAUCAUACCUACCUUCCUGGAAAGAAAUUUACCAUCUGUUCCUGGCCUCCUGAAGAUCAUUGGGGUUUCUACAUCAGUAACCACUCUGUGUUUUGUCCUGUACAAGUGGAAGCUACUGCCACGGCCCUAACAUUUCAGCCUCAUGCAUUCUGCUUAGUCCUGCCCAAACCAUAAAAAAAUGUUGGCCAAUUGUAGGCUGUAUCAUUGGGCCAUUUUUAAGUACACUUGAUUUAAUCAUUUGCAUUUUAGUCUCAGUCUGUGUUAAUGUAAAAUCCACCCAAAGAACCAUAUAAUUCAUUUUGGCAAGAUCCAGUUCUACCUUAUUUAUGUAGACUAACUCGUGUUGAUUGAUAAAACUUUCUGAUUGCCUCUUAAUUUCAAAAUGUUAAAGUUGAAGUACUCCUCAGAAACAAUUUCUGUGUCCCGUUUUUCUUCCAUCAAUGUGAAGUAUCUAAUAAUUUCAGAAAUAAAAUGUUCAACUUUCUCCCUGUCAAGGUGGAGUAGGUUAAGACCCAGCCUGUGACUGACCUUUUUCUGUCCUUAAACAAU